AUGGGCUCUAUCGCACCCUAUGAGCGCAAGCACAAGGUCACAGUUGUUGGCUCCGGCAACUGGGGCUGUGCCAUUGCUAAGAUUGUUGCCGAGAAUGCGGCCGCCUACCCUAACCUCUUUGAAGAGCAGGUUGAGAUGUGGGUGUUCGAAGAGAAGGUUGAGAUUCCCAAGGACUCUCGCCACUAUGACCCCGCCUCGCCACUCUGCCAGGGCCCCCAGAACUUAACUGAGAUCAUCAACCAAACCCACGAGAACAUCAAGUACCUUAACGGUGUUACCCUCCCCUCUAAUUUGCAUGCCAACCCGUCUCUGGUGGAUGCUGUCCAGAACAGCACUAUCUUGGUUUUCAACCUGCCUCACCAGUUCAUCGUCAGAACUUGUGAGCAGAUCAAGGGCAAGAUCCUCCCGUAUGCCCGUGGUGUCUCUUGCAUCAAGGGUGUUGAUGUGAACGGUGACGGGAUUCACUUGUUCUCUGAGACCAUUGGCAAGACCCUCGGCAUCUACUGUGGUGCCCUUUCUGGCGCCAACAUCGCCAACGAGGUUGCCCGUGAGAAGUGGUCUGAGUCGAGCAUUGCUUACGACCCUCCUCACCUUGACUCCAAGGCCCCCUCUCCCAACCGAUCGUCGUCUUCGUCCACUGCGGACGUCGUUCACUUUGAACACAAGGAUGUGUCAGGCAAGUUCUCCGAUGUGAAGCUGCAGCCAUUGCCGACCGAGUACCCCCCUAUCGACCACGCCAUGUGGAAGACUCUCUUCCACCGCCCCUACUUCCACAUUAGCGUGGUGAGUGACGUUGCUGGUGUUUCUCUCUCUGGCGCUCUCAAGAACGUCGUUGCCCUUGCCGCUGGCUGGGUUGACGGCAUGGGCUGGGGUGACAACGCCAAGGCCGCCAUCAUGCGUGUCGGCUUGCUCGAGAUGGUCAAGUUCGGUGAACGCUUCUUCAGUGCCACCCUUGACCCCCGCACAUUCACAGAGGAGAGUGCUGGUGUUGCCGAUCUGAUCACUAGCUGCAGCGGUGGCCGCAACUUCCGCUGUGCUAAGCUUAGCGUCCAGCGCAACCAAUCCAUUGAGGAAAUCGAAAAGAGCGAGCUUAACGGCCAGUCGCUGCAGGGCACCUUGACUGCCCACGAAGUCAACGCAUUCCUGAAGAACCAGGGUGCUGAAGAUGAUUUCCCUCUGUUUACAGCCGUUUACCGCAUUCUUUCAGGAAAUAUGUCCGUUGCGGAGAUUCCCUCUUACAUUGAGCGGUAA